AUGCGCGCAACCCAAUGGCUCUUUAUGGCUUUUGCCACCGCCGUCAUCGCAGCACCAGUCAAGGAGUCCCAGAGCAGCGAGAACAAACGCGCCAAGGACAUUGGCGACAACGAGGGCAGCGAGAAGAUAUAUACUUACAUCAAACGGGAUGAGAACGCUGCAGACGGCGACAAGAUAUACACUUACAUCAAACGGGACGAGAACGCUGCAGACGGCGACAAGAUCUACACUUACAUCAAACGGGAUGAGAACGCUGCAGACGGCGACAAGAUAUACACUUACAUCAAGCGGGACGAGAACGCUGCAGACAACAACAAGAUUUACACUUACAUCAAACGGGACGAGAACGCUGCAGACGGCGACAAGAUCUACACCUACAUCAAGCGGGACGAGAACGCUGCAGACGGCGAGCAGAUAUACACUUACAUCAAACGGGACGAGAACGCUGCAGAUGGCGACAAGAUAUACACUUACAUCAAGCGGGAUGAGAACGCUACAGACGGCGACAAGAUAUACACUUACAUCAAGCGCGAAUCUGUUGCUGGCGAUCACUCCGGUCAUGGUCCGAGUGUUGCAUUGGUCAAGGGUAGAAUGGGGUGGCGCGCCGUGAUCAAGCGAUAUUGUUGGAGGGAGAAUGCCUAG